CUUCAGAAACCACUGCAGGAAUCAAGUUGCAAAUGCCUCUUAUUUUAACAGAUGGAAAAACGCAUAAAUUAAAUGGUGAUUGCAUCUAUUUUUUGAAAUCUGAAGAGGGAAAAGGAACUGUAUGCGGACGUUUUUCUGUGAAUUGUGAUAAAGAAGCUUCAAUGAAUGCAGUUGUUAUGAACCCAUUAAAGAAUGUUUUCAUUCCUUGCUUUCGUAUUGGAAACGACUGGAUAAAAGACAAAUUAGAUGGAGAAAAAAACAAAAUAUCAUGCAUUGAUUCAACUCAGCACUUUCUAAAUUAUAUUGAAGCAACUGAAGAUAAUUACAAACAUAUUGUGAGAUUUCAAGAAAGUAAAAAAAUUGAUAUCUCUGGAAUUAAAAGUUGGGCAGAUUGUCACAAAUUUGUCAUUUUUGAUGAAAAAGUUGUUCUUGUUGAAGAGAUGAUGCUUGACUGGAUUAGAAAAGUUCAAGAAGUAAUUGCGGAAAGUAAACAAAUUCGACAAGAGACUGAUGAUACUGGUCCUUUGUAUGAACUUCAGUAUUGGCGUUACAUUUUGUGUCGACUCAGCUCUGUUGUUGAAUUUGUGCAAUCUAAUAAGUUUCAGACUGUGAUAAGGAUCUUAACUUGUGCUCAUUCUCGAAUGCUGAAGCUGUGGAUGGAACAGGAAAGAAGACUGACAGAUAGUAUAAAUGAAGCAAAGGAUAAUGUUAAAUACCUUCAACAGCUAGAAAAGAUAUGUGAGAAAUUUUACAAAAAUGAUUUGGAUGAAAUUCAGAAGUCUAUUCCUCUUCUUAUAUUAGAGGUUCAGAUGAUUAAUUCUUUUUCUAGAUAUUAUCAUACUCCUGAGCACAUUACUUCUUUUUUCACCAAAGUUACCAAUCAAAUUGUAAUAAUUUGUAAAAAUUAUAUCACUGAUUCAGGCAAGUUAGUUUUGUGGAAUAUGCCACGCCAAGACGCUGAGAUCAGAAUGAAGAAGUGUAUAAAAUUAUUCCAAGAAUAUAAAUCAGCUCUAAAGGAAGCAAAAAGUCAGUCUUCAUCUCAAUUUAGAAGAAAAUUUGAGUUUUUUCAAGUGCCUGUUUUGGGAACAUUCCAUUCAUUUUGUAAAAGACUUACAGCAAUCUCUGAAAUGUUUGAUACAAUCAAUGAACUCUCAGUUCUGAGUAGCUGUUAUAUUGAAGGUAUUGAAGUCUAUUCUUCCAAAUUUAAUGGUAUAAUUAACUCAAUAAAAGGAAAAGCGUAUGAUUUAUUAGAUCAUCGGAAAACAGAUUUUGAUGCUGAUUAUAAAGAGUUUACAAAACAGGUUGUUGAACUUAAAGAAAGUAUUCAACUCUUUAUCAACAGUCGUUUCGAAAAUGUUUCUCGUGCUUACCAGUCAAUUCUCUUGCUUCAAAGAUUUCAAAAUCUUGGAAUAUCAGGACUUGAUACCACCAGUCAGUACAUUCCUAUUUUUAAGUUUUUUGAAUACAAGAUGGACAUGAUUAGAAAAAUUUAUAACCAGAAGAGAUUAGACCCCAAAACUGUGCAGAUUGGUCCAUUAUAUGCCAAAAAAAUUGCAUGGGCAAGAGUGUUGUUUAAACGAAUUGAAGUGCCAAUGGAAAAGCUUAAGGAGCAUUUAGGCAUGCUGUCAUCAAAAGAUGCCCAAAAAAUAGUGUGCAUGUAUAAUAAGUUGGGUGAAAUAUUAAUGGAAUAUAUGAUUCUCCAUCAUAAUGCUUACUGCAGAAAAGUUGAAAUUGCUAUUCAGGAAAUCCAAAAACCUAUUGUUAUUCAGAAACAACUAGAAAACGAGUCAUCUAUAUGGGUGGUUAAUUUUACCACUACUUUGUACCUGAUGAUCAGAGAUUCUCGGUCUAUGAUUGCUUUAGGUUUAAACAUACCAGAAGAAGGAAAAUUCUUGUUGUAUAAUUAUGAUAAGUUAAUGACUGCUAAAGUAAGAAUGCAGUCUCUUCUUCAAAACUUCAAGAUGAUCAAAUCUAAUAUCCCUGACAUAUUUAUGCCUUUAAUUUCGCCAGUAAUUAGCAGAGUUGAUGCCACUAUAAAACCUGGUGCAAUAUAUUUGAAAUGGUUAACUACUAAAAUGGAUACUUAUCUCUAUAACAUAAAAGACACAAUAGAGAAUUUGGAGUAUGUAAUUUAUAAGGCUUCUGAUACCAAGACGUCUAGACUUGAUAAAAUAUUGAAAGAAAUUACAAAUGUUUCUCUUUUUAAGAUCCCAGAAAUUCCAUUUGAUCCUGAAGCUUUUCCUACUUAUGUUGAGGAUAGCUGCAAAUCAUGUGAAGAAAUUCUUUUAUUUAAAUGCCAAUGUUUUGAUGAUAUUGUUGAGGAACUAACAACAUUUUUGUUAAACGAAGCAAAGCAAGCUAAAUCUGAUAUCUAUAAUAUGGAUCUUUUUGGUGGUGUUUCAUCUGAUAUGAAAACUGAUACUGAGAUGCCAGAAAGUACUGAGGAACUUGAAGAUGAAAGAAAACAUUUUGUGGAGCAUUUUGAAAUAUUGUUAGCAAAAGCAAUGGGAAAAUGUGCAAAUCAGUCUUUGGAUGCUCUUGCUUCUGUAUUCCGUUACUCUGGGAAAAUAAAGCCAACUGUAAAACAAAAUAAAGAUUCUGAAGCCAAAGGGAAUCAAGCUCUGUUUAUUAGUGAUAUAAUUUUAGAGGCUGACAGUCUUACAAUUGAACCAAACUUGGAUUUAUUGCAAAAUUCCUUAAAUGACAGUGUGUCUAUAAUUCAGAAAACGAUAGAUAAAGUUGCUGUGAUGAGAGACGAAGUCAAUGUUAAAAGUCCUCUAAAGUCAAUACAACCUGGUGAAGCCCAUAUGACAUUUCAUCGUAGGGUGUUGGACCUAUCAGAUACAAUGAGAUUGUACAGUUUCUUGGAAACUGCUGCUAAAAGUGUUCAGCCAGAAAUAUCUAAAGUUUUUGAUUUAUUUCGUGUAUAUCAAGAGCUGUGGGCUCAGGACAAAGAAAAAAAAAUUCAGGAAUACAUGCAAAAGAAUCCAUUGAUUUAUGAUCUAAAGUGUAAGCUUGAGUACUAUCAUGAUCUAAAAAGUGUUGUGUCCAAUAUACCAUAUUCAUAUACAGUACCUGGUAUUGAGCUAAUUACAAGUAAAAUUGUUAAAAAUUUAAUGAAUGAUGUCCAUCGCUGGUUUACACUUUUUGGAAGUUAUAUUAAUGAAAAAUACUUGAAUUUGAUGACUGAAAUAGCAGAUUUUAUUGAUGAUAAGAAUAAAACUUUAAGUCUUCCUAUUCAUGAACUGCAAGAUGUACAGCGUGCAAUGAAUUGUUUUGAAAAUAUUCAAGAAAACCAGAUUCGAAUUGAUAUGGAAUUUGAGCCCCUGGAGGAUGCUUAUGAUCUGUUGUUUAAAUUUAAUUUUCCUGUUGAUCAGUAUGAAGUAGAAAAAGUGAAGACUUUGCAAAAAUCUUUCAUGGAUUUACAGCGCAAAGCUGGGAAAGUUGUUGAUAAACUUGCUGAAAAUCAGUAUGAAUACCUAACUGAACUCAAAGAAUUUAUCAGAGUCUUUAAAACUGAUGUGGAGGAAUUUGAUAACGAUUACCAAAAAGAAGGACCAAUGAUAGCAGGAAUAACACCUGAAGAAGCUAGUAAAAGAGUUGAUGCCUUUUCUGAUCGAUUUGAUAAAUUAUACAACAGAUAUGAAAGCUACAAAGAUGGUGAAGAACUGUUUGCUCUUCCAGUGUCUGAGUACCCAACUCUUGCACAAACAAAGAGAGAUAUGGUUCUAUUGCAAAAGUUAUUUGCAUUAUUUAACAUAGUUAUGAGAAAAAUAAAAGGUUACUUUGUUUAUAAAUGGGAAGAUGUUGAUGUGCAAGUAAUGACAGAUGAACUAACAGAUUAUCAAACCAAAUGCAUGAGACUCCCUAAAGGAUGUAAAGAGUGGAGUUAUUUUAAUGAUUUAAAGCAAAGAAUUGAAGACUUCAAGGAAACAUGUCCACUUUUAACAAGAUUGAGAAAUGAUGCUAUGACAAUGAACCAUUGGCAUAGAAUUGAAAAAAUCUGCAGUCACAAAUUUGAUGAAGAUCAGUCAAAAUGGACUCUUGGUACUGUAAUGGAGGCUCCAUUACUAGAAUUCAAAGAUGAUGUAGAGGAUGUAUGUAUUGCUGCAGAAAAAGAAAGAGAGAUUGAAGCUAAACUUAAUCAAAUUAUUGAUGAAUGGGCACUGGAGAAUUUGUAUUUUACCAGUUUCAAAAACCGUGGAGAACUGCUACUUAAAGGUGCUGAAGCUUCUGAAACUAUUGUAAAACUUGAAGAUGGUUUAAUGACUCUUGGUUCAUUGCUUAGCAACAGGUAUUCAGCUGCUAUGAAAGAUAUUAUUUUGAAGUGGCUACAAUAUUUGACUACUGCAACAGAAGUCAUUGAAAGCUGGAUUUUAGUUCAGAACCUUUGGGUAUAUUUAGAAGCUGUAUUUGUUGGUGGUGAUAUAUCAAAGCAAUUGCCUAAGGAAGCUGAGCGUUUUGCUGUUAUAGAUUUAACUUGGGUAAAUUUAAUGAAAAGAGCUCAUGAAAAAGUCAAUGUAAUAAAAUGUUGUUCCGAAGAUGAUACAAUGAGCAAAGAGCUACCUCAUUUACUGGAAGAACUGGAAGCUUGUCAGAAAUCUUUAGUGGGUUAUCUGGAAAGCAAAAGAAGAAUUUUCCCUCGAUUUUUCUUCAUUUCUGAUCCAGCUCUACUGGAAAUCCUGGGACAAGCUAGUGACUCUCACACAAUUCAAGCUCACUUACUUGGAGUUUUUGAAAAUGUUAAUGAAGUAAGAUUUGACCCAGAUGAAUACAACAAGAUUACUGCAGUGAUUUCCAAAGAAGGAGAUGAAAUUCCUCUUGAGAGACCAGUAAUGGCUGAAGGUAAUGUGGAAUUGUGGCUUGGAGAUCUUCUAGUUGUGCAGCAAAUUUCAUUGAAUGCUGUUAUAAAGCAAGGUUAUGUUAGCUUAAAUUCUGAAGGCUUUGAACUCAUAUCAUUUGUUGAUCAGUACAUUGCUCAGGUUGCUCUUCUUGGAGUACAAAUGUUAUGGACAAGAGAUGGAGAAGAAGCUCUUUCAUAUGCUCGAAUUAGCAAAAAGAUAAUGAGCUAUACAAAUAAAAAAUUUGGUGACAUUCUAAGAAAACUCAUUGCUCAAACAACUCUAGAUUUAUCUCGAUUUGUAAGAAUAAAAUAUGAAACUCUUAUUACCAUCCAUGUUCACCAAAAAGAUAUCUUUGAGGAUUUGGUUCGAAUGAAAAUUAAAACACCUACAGAUUUUGAAUGGCUCAAACAAGCCCGAUUUUAUUAUUAUUUGGAUGAAAAUAUGUGUCUUGUGAAAAUUACUGAUGUUGACUUUAUCUACCAAAAUGAAUUUUUAGGUUGCACUGAUCGUUUAGUUAUUACUCCUUUAACUGACAGGUGUUAUAUUACUUUAGCUCAAGCCUUAGGUAUGAGCAUGGGAGGUGCCCCAGCAGGUCCAGCUGGAACAGGUAAAACUGAAACGACUAAAGAUAUGGGAAAAGCACUUGGAAAAUAUGUAGUAGUUUUUAAUUGUUCUGACCAGAUGGAUUUCCGAGGACUUGGCCGUAUCUAUAAAGGCCUUGCUCAGUCAGGCUCUUGGGGCUGCUUUGAUGAAUUCAAUAGGAUUGAACUACCAGUGCUAUCAGUAGCUGCUCAGCAAAUUCAUAUUGUUUUAUCUGCCAGAAAGGAAAAAAAAGAUGAAUUUAUUUUCUCAGAUGGGGAUACUCUUGGAUUAAAUCCAGAAUUUGGACUUUUCAUUACUAUGAAUCCUGGAUAUGCUGGAAGGCAAGAACUUCCAGAAAAUUUAAAAGUAAUGUUUCGAAGUGUUGCCAUGAUGGUUCCUGAUAGACAGAUAAUCAUGCGAGUGAAGCUAGCUAGUUGUGGAUUUCAAGAAAACAGUGUUCUAGCUAGAAAAUUUUUUGUAUUGUACAAACUUUGUGAAGAGCAGUUAACUAAACAGGUGCAUUAUGAUUUUGGCCUCAGAAAUAUCCUCUCAGUGUUACGAACUCUUGGAGCUCAGAAAAGAUCUAGACCAGAAGAAAGUGAAUCAUCUAUUGUAAUGAGUGUUCUCAGCUCUAUGAAUGUCUCUAAACUGGUAGAUGAAGAUGAACCAUUAUUUGUAAGCCUUAUUAAUGAUCUUUUCCCUGGAAUUACCCAAGAACCAGUGGAAUAUGAAGAUUUACAAGUUGCUAUUGCUCAUCAAGUGAAGGAAGCCAAUUUGAUUAAUCAUCCACCAUGGAACCUUAAAGUCAUUCAACUAUAUGAAACUCAAAUGGUUCGGCAUGGCAUGAUGGCACUGGGACCAAGUGGAGCUGGUAAGACUUGUUGCAUUAGAGUCCUUAUGAGAGCUAUGACUGAACGAGGUGAUAUACAUAAAGAAAUGAGAAUGAAUCCUAAAGCAAUAACAGCUUCACAAAUGUUUGGUCGCUUGGAUGUUGCAACAAAUGAUUGGACAGAUGGCAUUUUCUCCACAUUAUGGAGACGAACUCUGAAAACAAAAAAAGAUGAGCAUGUAUGGUUGGUUUUGGAUGGUCCAGUUGAUGCAAUAUGGAUUGAAAACCUGAAUUCUGUACUGGAUGAUAAUAAAACUCUGACUCUGGCCAAUGGUGAUCGCAUUCCUAUGUCUCCAACUUGCAAAAUUGUUUUUGAGCCUCACAACAUAGACAAUGCAUCUCCUGCUACAGUGUCCAGAAAUGGCAUGGUAUAUAUGAGUUCAUCUGGUCUUCACUGGGAACCAAUACUUGAGGGUUGGCUGGGUGUUCGGCCAGCAGCUGAAGCAAAUAUUUUGAGAGGACUUUUUGCCAAAGUUUUUGAUCCAUUAUGUCAGUAUGUUUUAAUAUCUUUAACUCCAAAAAUGGAAUUACUGGAAUGCAAUUAUAUAAAGCAGGCCAUAGAUCUCUUAGAUGGCUUAUUACCAUCUUCUGAGAGUGAACCUAUCACUCCAGUACAUUAUGAAAGACUUUUCAUUUUUGCUUUAAUGUGGUCCUUUGGAGCACUACUGGAACUAGAUGACCGAAGCCAGUUAGAAAUUUUUCUGAAACGACAUAAACCCAAACUUGAUCUGCCAAAGGUACAUCCUGCACGCAAUGAAAAUAUAUUUGAAUUUCUUGUUGAUGCAGAGGGAAACUGGUUGCAUUGGACCAACCGUGUUGAUGAAUAUGUAUAUCCAUCUGACAGUGUGCCCAAAUUUUCAUCAAUUCUUGUUCCUAAUGUUGACAAUGUUCGCACGAACUUCCUCAUUGAUGUUAUUCAAAAGCAGAAAAAGGCUGUUUUACUCAUUGGAGAGCAAGGCACAGCAAAGACGGUAAUGAUCAAGGGUUAUCUUAAUUCAGCUGAUCCAACACAAUACAUGUGGAAGAAUCUAAGCUUUUCUUCAGCAACAACUCCACAGAUGUUUCAAAGAGCAGUAGAAAGCUGUGUUGAAAAGAAAGUAGGAACAACAUUUGGCCCACCUGGUGGAAAAAUUAUGACUAUAUUUAUUGAUGACAUUAAUAUGCCUGAAAUCAAUGAAUGGGGAGAUCAGGUUACAAAUGAAAUAGUAAGACAGUUAAUGGAAAAUAAAGGCUUUUAUAGUUUGGACAAACCAGGAGAUUUCACAACUAUAGUAGAUAUACAAUUUGUAGCUGCAAUGAUUCAACCAGGAGGAGGAAGAAAUGACAUUCCAAGUAGAUUAAAAAGACAGUUUUCAGUUUUCAACUGCACUUUACCAGCACCAAGAUCCAUUGAUAAAAUAUUUGGUGUCAUUGGAUGUGGAUAUUUUUGUAAAGAAAGGUUUCCUGAUGAAAUUGCAGAGUUCAUAGAAAGUUUUAUACCAGCUACAAGAAUUUUAUGGCAGGAAACAAAACAAAAGAUGUUGCCAACUCCUGCUAAAUUCCAUUAUGUCUUUAAUCUUCGAGAUCUUUCUCGUAUUUGGGAAGGUAUGCUGAAAAUUGAGGAGCCUGAAUGCGGUGCAAAGGAAGAUUUACUAGCACUGUGGAAGCAUGAAUGUACAAGAGUAAUUGCUGACAGGUUUACAAAUGAAGAAGAUAAAGACUGGUUUCUGAAAAAAAUGACUAAAGUUGUGGAAGAAGAAAUAGGACCAGAAUAUGCAAAACUUUUGCCAGAGGAACCAUAUUUUGUGAACUUUAUGAGAGAUCCUCCUGAACCAGAUGACGAUGAGUCGGAAGUAAUUCUUGAAAUGCCGCUUAUUUAUGAGCAAAUUCCUUCUUUUGAAGAGCUUGCUGAGCGACUUAAUUACUUUAUGCAUCAGUAUAAUGAGAGUAGCCAAGGUUUGCAAAUGGAUCUGGUAUUCUUUAAAGAUGCUAUGGUUCACCUAAUUAAGAUUGCUCGCAUCAUAAGCACUCCUCAAGGUAGUGCACUUCUGGUAGGUGUUGGUGGCUCUGGAAAGCAAUCACUGACUCGCUUGGCAGCUUCUAUUUACAAACAUGAAAUAUUCCAGAUAACACUAACAAGAUCAUAUAAUGUAGGCAAUCUGGUUGAUGACUUAAAAUUUUUGUAUAAGAAAGCUGGUGAAGAAGGAAAAGGAGUUACGUUUAUCUUCACUGAUAAUGAAAUCAAAGAGGAAUCAUUUCUUGAAUACUUAAAUACUAUUUUAGGAUCAGGAGAGGUUGCCAAUUUAUUUCCCAAGGAUGAAUUAAGAGAAAUAUUAGAUAAUUUACUUCCUGUAAUGAAGAAGGAGCUUCCUAAAAGAGAACCUACACAAGAUAAUUUGUAUGAUUAUUUCCUUACAAGAUCCAGAGCAAAUUUACACAUUAUUUUAUGCUUUUCCCCGGCUGGAGGAAAGUUUCAAAAAAGGUCUUUAAAAUUUCCUGGACUUAUAUCCGGUUGCACAAUGGAUUGGUUAACAUCAUGGCCAGCUGAUGCUCUUAUUGAUGUUUCGACACAUUUCAUUAAGAAUUUUGAUGUGGAAUGUAAGCCUGAAGUUAAGGUGCAGUUGAUGGAAGCAAUGGGUAUUAUACAUAAUGCUGUUUCUCAACAAUGUACUGAAUACUUUCAAAGAUAUCGUCGCUUGACAUAUGUGACACCCAAGUCAUAUCUGGCAUUCAUUAACGGUUAUAAGGCAAUAUAUUCAGAGAAAAGAUCAGAUAUAAAUGGUCUUGCUAAUCGCAUAAAUAGUGGUUUGACUAAACUGCAAGAAGCCACAGUCAGUGUAAAUGAACUUAAGAUUGACUUAGCUGAUAAAGAAAAGGAACUUGUUGUUGCAAGUGCUGAAGUUGAUAAAGUUGUUGUAGAUGUGAAAAAGAAAACAGAAAGUGCUGAAGUUAUUAAAAAUGAAGUCCAGAUUGUAAAGGAUAAAGCACAAAAAAUUGUUGACAAAAUAUCAAUUGAAAAAGCAAUUGCAGAAGAAAAGCUUGAAGCUGCAAGACCUGCCCUGGAAGCUGCAGAAGCAGCUUUGCAGACAAUCAAACCUGCUGAUAUUGCUACUGUGCGUAAGUUAGCUAAACCACCACAUUUAAUUAUGAGAAUUAUGGAUUGUGUGCUUAUACUUUUUCGAGAACCUUUGAUUCCGGUUGUACCAGAUCCAGAAAAACCAUGUCCCACACCUUCAUGGGCUCAAUCUUUAAAGGUUAUGAGCGGUGCAGGGUUUCUAUCACAACUUCAGGAAUUUCCAAAAGAUACUAUAAAUGAUGAAGUUAUUGAAUUAAUGGAACCUUAUAUUCAUAUGGAAGAUUAUACUUUAGAAACAGCUCAAAAAGCAUGUGCUCAAGUAGCAGGUUUGCUUUCAUGGACCCUUGCAAUGGCUAGCUUCUUUGCAGUGAAUAAGGAAGUCUUGCCUUUAAAAGCUAAUUUGGCCAUGUUAGAAGCACAAAAUGCUAAAGCUUCUAAAGAACUUGCAAUUGCUCAAGCUGAAUUAGAUGAGAAGCAAAAAGAACUGGAUGAAGUGAAUGCUAUAUUUAAUGAAGCAAUGAAUAAAAAACAGCUGGGGGCAAGCGACGUUUCACUGCCACUGCAGAAGAGGUAGAUGGCACUACAGAAUUGGAGAUAGGAUGCAAGACCUCCUUUCUGAUAGCAACCUCUAAUUCAGAAGCAUCAAAGAGGCUGUGGUCACUUUCAGAACAAUAAUUUGGAUUAUUGAUAUCUGAAAUGAACUGUGAUAGGCACACUAAUUUCAGUGCUCUCUUGGCUUGCAAAGCAGUAGGCUUUGCACCCAACUUUCGUCUAAUCUGUGAAAAGGCAUUUUCCAGCGCAUCUUGUGUCAACCUGCCUGGUAAGAAAAAUGUAAACCCCUCGGAAAAUAAUUCUUUUGAGAGUUUCACAACACUCAAUGUGCUCAUAAUAAUGCCAGUUUGAAAUGGCUUCCAUGCUUUCCCAAACUGAACAGUUUCAGUCACAUGAAUGAAUUUCAAUAAAAUAUUAAAUUUCUCAUCUUGAU